UAGGUGAGCAGCUCAGAGCUGACUGACUGGGUCAAUAUAGGUUCCAGAAAGAGAGGCCUGCGUGAGCCAGUGGGUUUGAAGUUCCCGAAAGAUCAUCAACAGACUUCCGUCGACCGAGGGGAGCGCUGUUGACGCAGCGAUGGAGUCCAGGAUAAGAUGGCGAGUGGGAGCGUUGCUGUGGCAGAUCCUGUUCCUGGGGGGCGUGGGGGCUGUCUGCCAUACGGGCAGUGCCAAUGAGUGCCAGUCCGCGUCCCCUGUACCGGGGACCAGUUUGGCUGGAGAAGGUUUCGAUAUAGUGACGCUGAGCGCCAAGGGGGCCUAUGUGGUGGACGUGGAGAGCUGGGAGCAUCCGGAUGGUACCUGCACCCUCUGCACAAACUCACAGAUGGGGGGUGAAUGGCAGCUCCUCCCCCUGGCCGUGGUGGACUGGCGCGCUCAGCGCAGUUGCAGUCGGUCCGUGUCCAGCCAGCUGUUCCGCUCAGUCUCCGACCUGGCUGAGUCGAUCAACUCCAGUCUGGACAUCAGCUGGCGCGGUGACCUGAGCCUUCAGCCCAAUCCUGGGCAAACGGCCCGUUUGGGGCUGGCAGGCUCCAAAUCCAAGGCCAUGUCCUUUGCCACCCACAAGGCCAAAUCAGAUCGCUACAGUUUCACUAGCCACACUUUCCAAUGUAAUCUGUACCGCUACCGCCUGAAGAACCCUCCGCCCCUGUCACCCCAGUUCUCUGCCUACCUGGGCCAGAUCACUAACACCUCCUAUGAGCAUGCCCGACACUACUACCGUCAACUAGUGGAGACAUUUGGAACACAUUACAUCCAGUUGGUGAAACUGGGUGGCUCCUUCAAGGACUUAACGGCCAUCCGCACCUGCAAGGCCGCAGCAGAGGGCCUCACUGUUGAGGAAGUGAAGGACUGUCUAAGUGCAGAGGCCAGUUACGAGGUGGCCACGGUAGCAAAGGCCUCAAUUAACAGCAAGUUCUGUAAGAGUAAGGCUGCUUCCCUCAGCCACAGUAGCAGCUUCCACCAGGCCUUCAACGAGAGGCUGAUUGAAGCCUCAGGGGGCCACUCUAUUGGGGACACAGACAUUCUCUUCUCCUCGGACCCCACUGUCUUCUCUAACUGGCUGAAGAGUCUGACAGACUCGCCAGGGGUGAUCAACUACAAGCUGUACCCCCUUCAUUACCUGCUUCCUGAUAAUGACCACAGGCGAGAGCAGCUAAUGUUCUAUCUCACCGAGUAUAUCUUGGCCAAUGCCCAGACACCGGACUGCUCCAAAGCAACCUGCCCUGCUGGCAAGAGCAAGAGUGCCUCUGACACUUGCUCCUGCCUCUGCCCAGAAAACAACUGGACAGACCAUCUCUGCUGCGCCAAGCAGAAAGGCAUGGGGCACCUGGUGGUCACUGUCAUGAGGGGCUUCGACCUCUGGGGUGACCUGCUUACAAAAACUGAUGGUUUAGUGGUGGUCGCUUAUGGGCUGGUCAAAGCUCAGACCUCAGUGGUGUACAAUAAUAACAACCCCCAGUGGAAAACAAGACUAGACCUGGGUGAGGUGCUGGCCACCAGUGACCUGAAACUCACCCUGACGGUCUACGAUGAGGACGAAUUUAGGAAAGAAGUCCUGGGGACCUGUGCGGUACCCCUGACCUCGGGCUCCAUGGAUCAUACGUGUUACCUCAAGUAUGGCAAGGUCACCUACCAUCUAUCCUUCACUUGUGGCUCCCACCUACAGGGGCCCACCUGCCGUCAGUAUGCCCCAAGUGCAGAUGGGCCUGGGUUCCAAGGGCUCCUGUGGACCAACCAAUCCUCUUCCUCAGAGAUCCCUUCCCUAAAGGUUAUCUUUCCUUGACCUUUGCCCACUCAGUUUUCUCCCAGCUGCCCUCUAUGACUUCUUCACUGUUUGUGAAUUCCUCUGUUACGCCAACUCUCCUGACCUUGACCCUCUCACCCCACCUCGACAUGGUGCCCAUUGCUCUCCCCAUCCGUCCUGCACAAACACCCUCUCUCUACAUCAAAUGCCUCCCUGUGCACGGAAGGCUAUGCAAGGAGAUGCUUUAGGUACAAGUUGACAGAUGAAAUUGUUUGAUUGCCUCUUGCUUUGUUUGUACAACCUUGUGUGUUUUUUGCAAUAAACAUCACU